AUGAUAACGCGAUCGAAUCUGGCAGAGCAGUUGAGAGAGUAUCAGAUUCGAUCGAAGCAUGACUGGGCCUCCGUCUCCUUCUUCUCCUCCACCUCUAAUCAUACUUUAUCAAGGGAGGGAAGUUUCCCAAAUUGUUGUCUGCAUUCUCUAAACGAAGUUCCAACAAAUAGGAAAAGGGCAUUUGCGACUUGCUUUUCUCUUACUAUGCAUAGCAAUGCUUUUGCUUUUGUGCAUAAAAAUUACCAAGCAAGUGAGAUUGGCGAGGAAAAAGAAACGAAGGAUGCUUCUUCCCUUAUCUAUGUAAUACUAGAUGACACAUACUACCCAACCUUAUGGUGUAAAUCUUGA